GCCACUGGCUGGACCGCCGGCUCUGUGGGGUGCGUGUGUGUGUGUGUGUGUUUGGUGUGUGCAUGUGCGUGCGUGUGUAUGUGUGUAUGUGUGUGUGUGUGUGUGUGUGACAGAGUGUCUCCAAGACAGGCAACUCGUGGUCAGAGCUGCAGGACGCACAGGGAACGCGUCAGAUACCGAGGAGAAGAGUGUAAUCACAGCAGAUGGGUAACUGACUGAAUACCUUGGGCUGUGUGUGUCACUACCGACAAAUCCUGCGGCUGGAGGGAGUUUCGGUGGAACAACUGCGCAGUAGUGUUGGCGUCCCUUUCUCCACGAUGACAGAAGUGGCCAGUCCCGCUGCACUAAUGGACUCUGAGAUGAUGUUCCAACCAGAAUCAGAUCAGAGGAGUCCCACUGAACCUAAAUCUCCGCCCCUGGACUUGAUUGACACGGGGAAAGGGCUCAAGGUCCAGACGGCCACACCCCAUCUGGUCAGCCUGGGCAGCGGGAGGCUGAGUGUGGCGAUUACCCUGCUGCCACUUAAAGAAGGGGUGACUCGUAUCGGCCGAGAGGACGCCCCAGUCCCCCAGGACAUCACCAUCCAGGGGCCUGGCAUCGAGGCAGAGCACUGUCUCAUCAUAAAUGAAGGAGGGGUGGUGACUCUGGAUCCCUGCGGUCACCUCUGCAGUCUGGAUGGAGUGCAGGUCACCGUGCCCACACCACUCACACAGGGUUACUCACUGUGUCUGGGUAAGUCCUAUUUUUUCCGCUUCAACCAUCCUGAGGAGGCCAGCAGAAUGAAGAGCAUGCUGCCACAAAAGAGCCCCGUGUCCCCACUAGCCUACAGUACAGACUACUUGAAGUUCAGCAGUGACUACAGCCAUGCAGUGGUGGGUGGAGCCAGCAGCACGAGGGGCAUGCGAUCAGCCUCCGAGCUCCGGGAUUUGAUGGACACCUUGCAGCGCAAGAAGAUCGCCCUGGAGAACAGCCUGAAAGCCAAUGGGGAUGCUAACCCCUCCUACUUCAGCAUGACACAGUCUCCUCCCUCCACACCUAUAACAUCUUCUGCCUCCUCCUCGUCAUCCUAUCAGGAGCAGGCGAGACGUUUAUAUGGCUCUGAUCGCCCACCCUUGUCUAUCAAAUCCACUGCCCCUCCCUCUCCAUCCCGACGCUCUGACCCCUCCUCAUCUCUGAUGUCCCGCUCCUCUGCCAGCCGCAACCAGGACAGCUCCCUCCUCGGCAUCAGUGAUGGCCGGCGACCACACAACCAGGGCUCCUCUCCUUUACUGUUCUCAUGGAAUGGGGGUGGGUCUUCAAAUUCUGUUGCUGGUAGCGACAGCUUCCUCCUCUCUCCUCCUCCCACCUCCUACUCUUCAUCCCGUACGCCAUCAUCAGGAGGUGCGGCCAGCAUGCCCUCAAGCCCCCGUCUUGGACGGCGUAGCUAUGGCAACCAAGAGUCAUCACCCAGCAGCCGAACCAGGAAGUACUCAGCAGGCUCGGCGAGUGGGAUGCUUGGAGGGGGGCACAGCCGCUCACUGCCACGCCUAUGCCCUUCCCCCUCUCCCCGUGACAACACCAGACUAGUGACCUUGACAACACUGCCUCCACGAAGGUCUGAUGUCAUUGGGGGUUACAAACUCAGUAAAGACCAUUACAACAGCAUCAGCUGUAGCCAAAAUGCCGGUCCAGACCUCAGUCACAGCUCGAGCCAGCAGGCCUCCAGCAGGAGUCAAACCCAGAGCACAACACAGGGAGAAGGGGUCCUGUCCAUUUCCCUCUCCUCUCCUAAGAUCCUCACCUCUACCACUGCCUCCACCUCUGCCCCUCCUGAUGUGACCAUCCCAUCUAGGGCAGGGGGCUCCUCUUCCCCUCGCGUGGCCAAAAAACUCAGCUUGACCUCCACCAGCUCUGUGGGCUCCCUCAGCUCCACGGGCUCCAGCCCUCCAGAGCCGGAGAAGCCGGCCAGCCGUAUAGUCUCCACAGAGGGGGAACGGCGUGGGGUGGGCCAGGAGCUCAGCAGUGCAAUAGGCUUUGGACUUGGAGAGAGGAGGUCUUCCUUUGGCAAGGGGGGCUUGGAGCCUGGCCUGGGGCUGGGGGAGAGGAGGCAGUCAUUUGGCAAAGCGGGGGUGACCCCACCAGGGGGCUUCAGGGAAAGAAGGGGGAGUAUCAGCUCGCUGAGUGGGAAGGAGGAACUGACCGACUACCACCAACGGCAAAGAGAUGAGAGGCUCCGCGAGCAGGAGGUGGAGAGACUGGAGCGUCAGCGGCUGGAGACCAUCUUGUCUCUGUGUUCAGAGCUGGGCCGGGCCGAGAAGGACACAGGUACAAGUCCUGGCUCCGCUGUGGCCGACCUCCAAAAGAUCAAUCGGGAACUUGAGAAACUCCAGGUAAACGACGAUGAUGAUGCACCAGAGUCUGUCUUCUCAGACUCUUCAACCAUAAAUGGAACAAAUGGACAUAUCACUUCUGCCGGAUCGGAAAAUGGUUACGGUUAUGACAGUGACCUCCAGGUACGACGGAGGCGCUGCAGCGGUCACCGUGACAACAGGGCAGAGUCACCUGCCAUCAGUCUUCGAGGCUCCGCCCCCUCACCUUCUCCACAUGCACAGAGGAUCACUGAGGCUCUGGAUGAUGGAGUUCAUCGGCAGGGACACGAGGUGAGGCACACAGAAGAGGAAGUAAGACGUGUGGAGGAGGAGAGGAUCCAGGUGCUAAACAACAUGGAGGAGCUUGAGCAGAAGAUCAAAGAGCUAGACAACCAGAUGGAGGAAUCUGUCCGAGAGGUGGAGGUUGAGCAAGCUCUGGUGGAGGGUGAACAGGAGUCAGAGCUAGCUGCACUCCAGCAGGAGAAAGAUGCUCUGGAGGCACUCCACAACAAGAUGGCUGACCUAGAGACCAAGUCCCAGCAGGAAAAAGAGAAGGCGUGUGAGUUGCUGCAGGCAGAGAGGGGCAGAGUAGAGAGGUUGGCUCAGAGUGUGUGUGAGCAGCGCUCCCAGCUGGACAGUUGCCCUGAGGCCACCAAGGAACCCCUGCAGGAGCAGCUAGCCAGGGACUGUGAGGUACUAGAGGCAGAGACAAAGCGUUUUGAGGACUUGGAGUUCCAGCAGCUGGAGAGAGAGAGCAGACAGGAUGAGGAGAAGGAGACACACACACAGCAACUUCUCCGCGAUAUUGCUGACUAUCAGCGCAGCACUGUCACACGCAAGGAGCGGUUGCUGACUCUGAAGAAGCAGGCAGCACAGAUUACCCAGCAGGCUCAGCGAGAGAAGGACAGCUUCCUGAAGGAGAGGAGCAACCUCGAAGUCAUGAUGCAGAGGGAGAAAGAAAACCUUGCUGCUCUGGAAAGAAAAUAUGCAGAGCUUACUGGAGGGCGUGGUUUCACUCUGAAGGAGGGCUAUGUGACAGUCAGUGAAAUCAAUGAGCUUUACUCACAGCUUGACGGGGAACCUAAACCCACCCCUGUCCCCGCUCUGGUCAAUUCCUCCCCUGAAUCCGAGCCUAGUCCCUCCCCUGAUGGCAGCACCCCCAAACCAGCAGAGGAUGAGCAUUUCCGUUUGCUGGAGGAGAGGAAGAGGUGUGAGAAAGACGGUGGCACCCAUAUGAGCGAUACAUUACCCAGAAAGAAAACCACACCCAUUCUGCCCACUCAGUUCACCUGCUCAACACUGGGACGCAGCUUUCCUUCCAAGUCCCAUCAGCCUCUGAUGCAGAGCUCCAGCUGUGGCAGUAUUCUACCCAGAAUGCUCUCUGUGUCUAACAAGGAAGCAGAAACAAGGCGUCUGCAUAAAGGUCAGCCUGGCUCACGGGCAGCCUCCCAGACCAAUGUCUAUCUUGAUGCCUUUGGUUACCGUGACAACCAGGCCUUUGACACAAUGAGUGUGGACAGCUCUGACUCCAUAGAAACAAGCAUCUCUGCCUGCUCUCCAGACAAUAUCUCAAGUGCCAGUACCUCAAAUGCAGCCAAGCUGGAGGAGAUGGAGCGUCUCCUGAGAGAGACCCAGGCCGAGAAGAACCGUCUCCUUGAGCACAAGGAGCGAGAGAUGGAGGUACGACGGCAGGCCCUGGAGGAAGAGAAGAGAAGACGGGAGGAACUGGAGAAAAGGUUGCAGGAGGAGACGAGCAGACGUCAGAAACUCAUUGACCGUGAGGUGAAGCUACGAGAGAAGCAGAGGGCACAGUCCCGGCCACUAACUCGUUACCUGCCAGUGCGAAAGGAUGAUUUUGACCUACGGGCUCACAUCGAGUCGGCGGGCCACAGUGCAGACACCUGCUUCCACCUGUCCAUCACUGAAAAGACAUGCCGAGGCUACCUGAUCAAGAUGGGAGGCAAGAUCAAGACGUGGAAGAAACGCUGGUUCGUCUUCGACCGCAACCGACGCACACUCUCCUACUACGCAGACAAACAUGAAGCCAAGCUGAAAGGGGUCAUCUACUUCCAGGCCAUUGAGGAGGUCUAUUAUGACCACUUGAAAAACGCACAUAAGAGCCCCAACCCCUCCCUGACCUUCAGUGUCAAGACCCACGACAGGGUGUACUACAUGGUCGCUCCCUCUCCCGAGGCCAUGAGAAUCUGGAUGGAUGUCAUCGUCACCGGUGCAGAGGGAUACACCCAGUUCAUGGUGUAGCAGUGAGACUAGGUGCUGCGGGGUACGGCCAAGGCGCCACAUCAGCCAUGACAAGCUUCCACUCUUUGUGUCCUUGACGCUUUUGAUUUUCCUACUUCAUUUCUGGAUUUUCUUUAAGUAUCUGAAUGGAUGCUGUUAUUGGCACCAAGCGAUUCACACAUUUCCUGGUGUGUGAGGAGAGAAGCCUUCGACCACCACAAGCCAUUUUCUCAUUUUAUCUGACUGGAUAGCGAGAUGUGUUCAGAUGAAACUGUAGGUAUACAAAAGAUGAUAAUCAUAAUGUUUUAGGCAAUCUGUUGUUGCUGUAGCCAGGUAAGAGCAUUCAGUCCCAGAAAGCUAAUAAUGUUCAGGGGUUCUGAAAUGAUGUGCUGUGGACCGUCAGUGUGCCUUUUACUAAGCUGAGGUGUAUCUUAGCAUUUUGCUCAAGUGUAAAGGACCUUUGUAGAGGCUGAGCAAAGCUCUUUUGUGGCUACUCACAGCUCAAUGUAUAGAUUCUCCUUUUUUUUACCCCAAUUGAAAACAUGGCUGUGCUGUACAUUUUUGUCUUGCUGGAAUGCACAGCUACAUCAAAAAGGGUGUGAAUACCCUUAUUUGUUCUUGGGCCUCCUGUUUCUUCCUCCCAAAAGGAAUUUUUAUGCUAAGGUGCCUUUGAGCAAUAACUGCGCCAUUUGGCCAGUUGUUUGGGCUCUAUAUUUUGCUGACAUUACAUGAGGGUUAGUCAUUAUCAGCAUUUUAAAGAAAUCAUUACAGUGAAUGAAUGAGUUGUGUUUAGAGAUCAUCAGUGCCAUAUGAGAGCCUACACAAAUUCCUUCUGAUAUGUAAGGACCUGUGGUCAACGUGGUGGUUUCAUGUUUUUUAGACCAUCUUAGGUGUGGGUAUAAUUCGUAAUGUAUUGCUUUAGCAAAAAUUGAAAGAGCAUUUCAUUAAUUAAUUGUAUACUUUUUUCAGCUUGAUUUCCUUGCCGUUAUAUUAUCAAGAUAAUUUUGCUGUCACAUCCUCAGGUCUUAAGCUGUGUGCAUGCACACACAUGCAUGUACCAUGUGACUGUGUAUUUAUAUGUACUAAGAAGUGCCUUUAUUUGUGCAGAUGUGCACCUCCAUUUACUGUGACUUUGUCACACAAUGUAGCUUCAAGGUGCUAUUUUUUAUUGUGAACUACACUCAUACUUAAAGCCAAUAACAGUUUUGUAUAAAUUAGGUUUAAACUGGGGUAUAGUGAAAUGGUCAACUCAUGACGAAGACUGAUUUCUAUGCUGGGUUUACAAUUCAUUGUCGCCAUAGUAUGAUAAACAAAGCUGAAACUGUGAAACAGCUGUCUAAACCAAAACACUAACGUCAGGCGACUUCCAUCACAAGGAAUUAAAUGUAUAAAGAGGAAAAUGACUUGUUACUGAUGUUUGUAAAUUUUGUCUCCUGGUUGUAGUUAGUUAUACAGUAGAGGUUUAUGUAAUGAUACAUUGUGGGUUCCACAAUACUAGUAGUGCCUUUUUCCCUAUCAAACUUGUGACAGUAUGCUUUUACAUGCAUCAUUUUCCCACAGCUAGAUGUACCUGUAUAUCCACUGCCAAACUAUCUGUGGUAAGGAAAAAAUGGAAAUACAAAACAUGGUCCUGUUUCUAUGAGAAAGACUGCCUAGAAUUAUGUUGUCUUUUGAGAUAUAAGACAGACAAAAGCUAUGGUACACAGAUUCGUCCAUGUUUUCUACUUAUA